AUGACGAAACUUUUGGACAUCAAGGAAAAAAUUAUACAAGUAAAUAAAAGGAGUGAUUCGAUGGAUACAGGCAUAAGUUCAAUAAGAGACUAUAAAGAAUAUCUUAUAAAAUACCAGGAACUGCUUACAAAUAAUGAAAAGGAUUUCGCUUUCAAAAUUGAAUCUGGUAAUGAAGCAACUUUGGAAAUCAAGGAAGAAAUUGUCGAAGAUUAUCGAAAUUUAUUGAAUAGAGGAAUAAAACCAAGUGAUAAUCGAAACUAUCAAUCAGAAGUACCUGAAAUGCAUCAGAGCAAAACAAAACAAAAAAUUUUUGAAUCAAAUGUGGAAUCAGAAAAGAAAUACAAAUGUGAAAAAUGUGCGCGAACCUAUGGACAGAAAAAGGAUUUGAAUCGUCAUCGAAAAUUUGAAUGCGACGUCAUCCCACAGUUUAGAUGUAAUUUUUGUGGCAAACUAUUCAAACGGAUAGGUACCAUGAGUUCUCAUGUGGAUCGUGUGCAUCAUAAAACAUACUUGCAUACCUCAAAACCAGGGCAUACUUGUGACCAAUGCUCUCGAAGUUAUCGUUCAUUAGGUGGUUUAUAUCAACAUAAGCGUUUAGACCAUGGAGCAAAUAAACCGCAAUUUAUUUGCUAUUUUUGCGGACAUAAAACGAAUCAAAAAUCAAAUUUGUCAAAACAUAUUACUGCACGCCACUCACUGUAGUCACUUUAAAAACAUUUUUUGUAC